CUCAUAUCUAGGAUAUCUCUUUGACGUGCUCCAUGUUAUAUCAUUAAUUUUACUACUAUAAUCUUUAGUAGUUUGCGACCUAAAGUUGACAAUCUCUAUAAUCAUAACAAUGACACGCCGAACGACUGCAUUCGUGAGCAAACGGCCACACCACAAGUCGAGAGGAGGUUGCCUGAUAUGUAAACGCAAAAGAAUAAAGUGUGAUGAGGCGCAACCACAAUGUGGCUACUGCGCACUACGCAAACUCGAGUGCAUUUACUCCCUAGAGAUGAAGCGACAAACAGCUUGUGUAUCCCCCAAAAUCUCAAGCACGGCCUUAUAUCAGGCCACAACUCAAGACGAGGAACUCGGGUCCCCUUUUCUCCAAACUCCAACAUGGCUCAUUCCAGCCGCAAUGUCCUCCGCCGGACAACUUACUAAAGCCGAUCUCGAGCUCCUGUACCAUUACAAGACCGUCACGUGGAAAUCAAUUACCGUUCGUAAAGAAGAAAUCAUCCACAAGAUCAAUCGGGACAUGCUUCCACAAAUGGGAAUGUCCCAUUCCUACCUCCUCUUCGCUUUACUUGGCAUCACAGCCGCACAGCUCAAUCAAGUCAGUCCGUCUAUCCAAAACGAGAACUUAAUGACAUUUUACCGCCACAAAACGUUAACAGCAUACAACCGUACGAUCCAAAACAUCACCACUAAUAAUUAUGAGUCACUUCUCCUAACAUCAAUGCUAUUACAAGUCUUGGUCCCACAUCCUGAUGCUACUGCGAACGAUGACGAGAUGUUUAAGUGGGUAUCUCUAUUCCUCUCCAUGACCCAAGGUCUCCGAAUCCUAGCAAGUCUGAAAUGGUCCUCCGGCAUCGAAAAACUCUCCGUCUUCCCUAUUUUCCGACGAGAGCUAUGGACUCUACCUCCACCACCACUCACCAACACCCCUCCAGACUCGAGAACGUACACACCCACAGACACUGAACUCGGCCAAACGCCCGAAUACCCAAACCCUCCUGCCCCCUGGGGUAGACCACACUCCGGGCAACACCCCGCCCCCGCUUUCCUUCCACCGCCGCUCCUCACGCUCCUCCACUCCCUCGUCGAUCCACCAACUCCACUUCCCUCGUCCCCACUCGACCUUCACCCCCCAAUCAUCCUCCCCAUGCUCCACGCACUCUCCCCCAUAUUCCUCUCCCUCUACCACUUUCACAUCACACCAGACGUCUACGUCCGCAUCGUCGUCUUCCCGACCUUCAUGCCUCCGGAAUUUAUCUCCCUCGUGAAAGCGCGUGAACCCCGCGCUCUAGUUAUCAUAGCGUGGUGGUUUGCGUUUGUGAGAUUAGUGCCAAACAUGUGGUGGAUGAAAGACUUGAUUCCGAGACUGUUACAGGCGGUGAGUAAUGAGGUCGUGAGGAGUAAUCAACGGGUGUUGGUGGGUGCGGUGGAGGACGCGUAUAGGGUUGUUAGGUUGACGGAGAAGAGGGGACGGGAGGUUGGGGCCAGGGGGGUUUUUGAGGGGUGGGAGGGCGUGUGCUGGGAUGAUGGAGGUAUGGGAGGGGUUUUUGAGGAGAAGUAG